AGGGGCAGGACAUUCCGAGGAUAUUUAUUAUGACGGUGAUUAUGUCUCUGAGGAAACGAAAUUGCCUGAUUGUGUUCGCGAUUGUUGUGUCCGUACCUUUUUGCUUGUUUGUGUUUUUGUCCGUGCCAGACGUGACCUCGGAGCAGAUCCUGGCCCAGCGACUGGCCGAGCUCCAGGUGCGCAUCCAGUACCUCGACUCCAUGUACAGGUCCAGGCAAGAGGACCUCCAGCAGAUGUCACAGCACCUCGACCAAGCCUACCUCUCCGACAACAGCUCCACCCUGCUGCCCUACCAAGCGGAGCUGCGGCCCGAAGUGAGACAGCUGCUGAAGAACAUGACUGGGCUGCACGCGGCAUCGGGGGUCAAUCCUCCAGUAACUCUCAGGCUACCAUCAGCCUACCACUUCCUGCCUCACCUGUUGGACGAUCCGAAUAGCCUCCGGCUGGGGUACUGGCUGUCGAGGAACAGGAAUGGGGUGUCCGUGGUGCUAGGGGUGCCUACGGUGAGGAGGGAGAAGCAGAGCUACCUCAUCGAUACGCUGCAGAACCUGGUAGAGGGAUUGAGUGUGGAGGAGGCGGAAGAUUCGCUCAUUGUUGUGUUUGUUGGUGAGACAGACUUGGAAUAUGUUCUACAGAUUGCCAAAGACAUAGAAAUGAAGUUCCCGAUUCAAGUGGACUCUGGAUUGAUCGAAGUGAUUUCACCUUCUCCUGGAUAUUACCCGAACAUGAACAAGCUCUACAUCACACUGGGGGAUUCGCUAGAACGCGUUCAAUGGCGUUCGAAGCAGAAUUUGGAUUUUGCCUUCCUGAUGUCGUAUUGUCAACCAAAAGGUACAUUUUACGUUCAACUGGAAGAUGAUAUUCUUGCCAAACCAUCGUAUGUGAAUUUGAUGAAGAAGUUUGCAAUCGACAAGAUCGCCAAGAAGGAACCAUGGCUCGUGUUAGACUUUUGUCAGCUUGGUUUCAUAGGAAAGAUGUUCAAAAGUGCAGAGUUACCAUGGCUGAUCCAAUUUUUCCAAAUGUUCUACAACGAUAAACCUGUAGAUUGGCUGUUAGAUUAUUUGAUUUCGACGAAGAUAUGCAACUGGGAGAAAAACGAUAACUGCAAAAUGGAAAAAGCUAAAGUGUGGAUACAUUACAAGCCAUCUCUAUUUCAACACAUAGGAACGCAUUCGUCACUGAAAGGAAAAGUGCAGAAAUUGAAGGAUAAGCAGUUUGGCAAGAUCGCUCUUUUUUUCCCGCACGUUAACCCAAAAGCUGAAGUCAUCUCCGAUAUCAAACACUACAAACAGUACACUCUGAGGCGUGCCUACCUGGGAGAGACCUUCUUUUGGGGGCUACUGCCCCAACCAGGCGAUCAGCUGACUUUCAAGUUCAAAACUUCCAUCAACAUCAAAAGGUUCUACUUCAGGAGUGGUAAUGCAGAACAUCCAUCAGAUAAAUUCUACAACACCACCGUAGAAGUGCUGCCAGAGGCGGGAAUCGGCCAAAGCAACAAUUCUCCGAACAUGACAAGUGAUGGCUAUAUCAUCGUGGGAAAAUUUGACACUACUGGAAUUGCUACAGGAGUACCAGACGAGAAUAUUGGUAAAGUUAAAGUUUUGCGACUGAACGUUCACAGCGAAAGUGAUAAUUGGGCAAUUUUAAGUGAGAUUCAUAUACAGGACGAAGUGACAGCUAGGUGACAGGAAUCUAGCAUGCGGGCAAUGUCGUCGGCAUUUCUAUAUCGGCGUUCAUCGCAAAGAGUGUCUGAUCACUCACAUCAUCUGUGAUAUCAGUUUUAAUAACGAAAAUAUUAUCAACGAAAUGUGGAAGGGAAAAAUAACGCUGUGAAAUUUCAAGAGAGAGGGGUCGUAAUCUCAAUAAGGGACAUGCUUAUCGUGAAUCACAACGAUGAAUACCUAUACUGUCUGUAGGUUAAUCGAGGAGGUGGUACAUUCAUUAUUCCAAAUUCUUGGGAUUUUCUCUCCUCGUUUCUAUAAAAUAAAAAUAUGAAUAUUAUUUCAAUAUACGUAUAGUAAGGACGAAUUAGAUGAUUUGCCCCAAAAUGUCACUGCGUUUAAAGAAUUUUUCUAUCAGAGAGCCUAAAAGAAAAAUUCACUAGCUUGUCAGUGACAAUUUGUAUUGAAACAUUUUUGGAGAAGAGAAAUAAAGGUAUAUAGAAAAAAUAUCAAAUUUUCACUUAUCUUUGGACGUUUCGGGACCGAUUCUGCUCCCGUUUUCAACAUGAAAAGAGAUUUUUUCAAUUGCGAAGUC